AUGGUCCCGUCCUCAUCCGCAUCGUCCACGGUGCCUGCGCGUGCGCGCGACGCAGGUACAACCAAAACGCUCUCCACCCCGAGUGCCACCUUACGACUGACGAGCGCAGGGAGCAAGGACGCCCUGUACCAAGUCAGGCUUCUCUCGGCCUUGCGCAGCGGUGACCCGGCGCAGAUCCACCCGUUCCUCGCGGACAUUGGCAGGGACAGACGCAGCUCGGCGGAGGGCGAGGUAGACCUCGGCGCGGCUGCACUGCAUCUCGCAGUCCGCUGUGCAUCAUGCGACACCGUGGCGCUGCUCCUCGGCCACAAGUGCAUCUCCCCCAACUCGGUGCACCCGCCGGGCUCCGGGACGACCGCGCUCCACCUCGCCGCGUCGCUCCCCCGCCUCGACGUCGUGAACCUCUUGCUGGAACAAGACGGCGUCGACGACACGCUGCGCGACGCCCAGGGCCGCACGUGUCUCGAGGUGGCGAAGGGCAAGGAGGCCGUCCGGGCCAUCAAAGAUUCACGCGCGCUGCUCGGCGCGUCGUACCGGUCGCUCCUGCACCACUACGUCCUUUCGUCCCCGAACGAGAAGCCGCCGGACGCGCUCGUAGCCAUACUCGCCUCGCCCCGCAUCCGGCACGUCGACCUGGCGUACCUGGACGACACCUCCGGGACGACGCUGCUGCACGAGGCUGCGCGCCGCAAGGACCUGCGCCUCGUAGAGCUGGCGAUACGCGCCGGCGCCGAUGUGUUCGCGCGGGACCGAAAGGGGCGGGCGGUUGGGGAUGGGCUCCCCAAAGAUGAUCGCGUCAGGGUGUUCCUGCGACAGUUCAGCAACCAGGAUACGACGCUGCUGGACCAGUCGUCCACCGAGCCUCUGGAACUCAAGGGAUAUCUGAACAAGUAUACUAAUGUUGCCAAAGGGUACAGUACCCGAUGGUUCGUCCUGAACCAGGGUAUUCUGUCAUACUAUCGCCAUCAGGAAGAUGAGCAGGUCGCCUGCCGGGGCUCGAUAUCGAUGAAGACAGCCGUCCUCAAGCAGACCCCGGGAAGCAGUGGUCUCCGCUUUGAAAUACAGUCAACCCCAACGCGUGGGCAUCACGGUGUGCAGAAAUGGUACCUGAAAGCGAACCAUCCGGUUGAGGCGUCCCGCUGGGUGCAGGCGCUCACGAAAGGCAUAGAGUGGGCACGGCGCGAAGCAGAGCGGACAAGCGCGGAGAGCGAGGUCGCAAGCCUUGUGGCGCCGUCUAUGCGCACGUCGACAAGUACACUGCACCGGCGAGGUCAUCAAAUGUCUAUAGAGUCUACUCCCAGCUCUAUCGGUGGAGAAGAGCCCCCGGACGGAAGUCCUGAUAUCAAAGAAUCUAGCCGAGAUGGACAUGAACUCGACGGAUACAGGACCGAAGGCUCGUCCUCGGACGAGUCGCAGCACAACCCGCCUCACCAUCCCAACUUCGACCUCCACGGCAACUCGACAGUCAUGCAGAUGGAGCUGACUGCGCAGAUGCUCAGCGAUCUCGAGGCCGGUGCCUCCGCGGCCGACGUCAAGGCUGCGAUGGCCGACUCGCUGCACACGGCGCAGACCCUGCUGUCCGAGUACGUGCAGAUGGUGCGCGAGCGCGAGGACUGGUACCGCGAGCACCUCGCGAAGGAGCGCGAGCGCCAGAACGUGUGGGAGCAGAGCCUGCAGGCCGUGGUCAGGGAGGGCGAGUUCCUCGAGCGCGAGCUCCGGACCCAGUCGCGCAGGCGCAGCCGCAUGGCCGACGGCUCAGGCUUCAUCUCCAUGUCCGAGAUAGGCUCUGCGGUGAGCACGCUGCGCAACAGGCCCUCGGCCCUUGCGCUCAGUCCCCCGCCCACGGCCGCUGCUGUCGAGCCGCCCAUGGACACGCCGACACCGACUGUCGUGACGACCGCGCCGCCAGCGGAACCGCCCGUGGAGACGCCGACGCCGACGGCCUCCGCCAUGGCCAUCCGCCGCAGGUCGUUCGGCCGACGACCGGGGGCGGCGGCCGCGCCUGGCAUGCUCCUCUCGCCCUCUGCGUCGCGUCCGCGGAGCCUGGUCGCGGGCACGACGUCCCCGACGGCAGAGGAGGACGAAGACGAGGUCGACACGGACGAGGAGGACGAGUUCUUCGACGCGAUCGAGGCGAACAACCUCCCGAACCUGGUGAUCACCGACCAGCUCGCGGGCAGGCGCACGGAGCCGCUCCCGCCGCCGAUCGACCGCGCGCAGUACACGGGCUACGAGCGCCUCCGGCCGCGCCUCGCGAUCUCGAGCGACGACCGGCCGCCGAUGAGCCUCUGGGCCGUCCUCAAGAACAGCAUCGGCAAGGACCUGACGAGGAUCUCGUUCCCGGUGUUCUUCAACGAGCCGACGAGCAUGCUGCAGCGGAUGGCGGAGGACAUGGAGUUCUCGGAGUGCUUGGACGCGGCUGCGGCUGAGAAAGACCCUCACCGGCGCAUCGCGUUCGUGGCUGCCUUCGCCAUGUCAAAUUACUCCUCGACGAUCGGGCGUAUCGCCAAGCCGUUCAACCCCAUGCUGAGCGAGACUUUUGAGUACGUUAGGCUCGACAAGAAGUACCGCUACGUCUCCGAGCAGGUUAGCCACCACCCGCCGAUAUCAGCAUGCUGGGCAGAGUCGCCCAUGUGGCGGUACUACGGAGAGGUCGAUGCGCAGAACAAGUUCCUCGGCAAGUCGUUUGAGAUUCGUCCGACUGGUGUCGCGCAUGCGGACCUCUUGCUGCCCGAGGAAUGGGUGCCGGACUAUCCGAAGGCGGAGAGCGCAGUCCUCGAGGGCCGUAGCGUCGAGCAUUUCAGCUGGAAGAAGGUCACGACGAAUGUUUCGGGUUUUAUUCUUGGGUCACCGACCAUCGAUCAUUACGGGGACAUGGUGAUAACCAACCAUCGUACCGGAGACCAAUGUGUCUUGACCUUUAAACCACGUGGCUGGCGCGGUAAGGACGCGUAUGAAAUUAGUGGCUACGUUGCGGACAAGGACGGCGACGUCACGUACGAGAUCGCGGGUCGCUGGAACAGCCAGCUCGUCGCCAGAGCCGUAGGCGCCGGCGUCGGACACCUGCCUCCAGACCUCUCCGCGCACACCGCCUCUUCGAUGCCCGAGUACAUCCUCCUCUGGCGCAACUCAGAGAAGCCCCGCGCGCCGUUCAACCUCACGCCGUUCGCGAUCACGCUGAACGACUGCCCCGAGGACACGCUCAAGCCGUACCUGUGUCCGACGGACUGCCGGCUCCGCCCGGACCAACGCGCGUUCGAACUCGGCAAGUACGAGCGCGCGAACGAGCUGAAGCAGAAGCAGGAAGAGUUCCAGCGGGCGACGCGCAAGGCGCGCGAGGACGGCCGCGCGCCGCCACACCGCCCGCGCUGGUUCUCCGCACAGACGGAGCCGGACACGGGCGAGCGCGUCUGGGCGCCCGCGCGCGUCGAAAACAAGCUCGAGUAUUGGGUCGAACGCGAGCGGGUAUACAAGGAGAAGGCCGGCGCGCGCACAGCUGAGAGCUGGAAGGCCGUCGACAGGAUAUUUAUUGAUGAUCAGCCGUAGACGGACUCGUACGUGUUUUUUGUGUUGUGUGUACUCUCAAUAGUGUUACUUUUGAUACCGUGUAUUGGUUUGGACGAUUUCUACUGUAUCUUUUUCGUUGUUGUUUGCCGACUGUUACUAGUGAUAAUUUGUAUUUUUCCUCGUUAGGUCCGGGAUCUUCGGGCCAGCCGUCAGUCGGCUUUCGCUUUCAAACUUGUGACUGGCAAGAGAUGCGAGCCUAAAUUUCAUUCUCCUUGUAGCC